CGUAUUUGUUUGUUUUCAGAAAUGACGUAAUUGGUGGCCGAUGGGGCUCAAUGCAUCCCAGCCGUCCUGUAGUGCGGCGGCCACUUCAAAACUAAAUAAAUACUCUAAGCCACCUUCCUCUAUUUCUACCGAAGAUUUAUUGGUUUUAAGGGAAAAGAAGAAAAAAAGAACUGGGCUAUCAACUUUCAAGAAAAAAAUCGUCGGCCGUAGAAAAAAUUACAGAGCUGUGGACCAUGCAAAGCAUUUUAAGGAUGCUUUUUCUUGUAAACCAAUCUCCCUCCUCUCCUCCCUCCUGGAACACUAUCAGGUCCUGCUCGCCAUGCGGGACCUCAAGAUCCAGGCAGAUUUGGCCCGCCCCCCUGCCCCCAGCCUGCAGCUGAACCUAGAGAACCUGUUUGUCCACGCCCACUGUCCAGACUUUAAACUUAUAUAUCUGGGAACUCAGUUCUCUGUUCAUAAAUCUAUUCUCUUAGCCAGGUGCCCCUACUUUAAAGACCUACUGCUAGCAGCUGGAUCACUAGCUACAGAUCUAACUGUUAAACUCUCCACAUCAGGCGUUGAUGUCUCCAUGUUUUCUAGUCUACUCAGGUUUCUGUAUACGGGGGAGUACCCUUCACAGGAGAUGACCCCAAACCAAAUAGAUCUUCUUAUAUCCCUGGGUCGGGAGUGUGGAGUGCCUAACCUAUUAGAGGCUGAUUUAGAACACCUUUACCAAUCAGGAGAACAUACAGACUGUAUACUUGUGUUUACUGGGGAUAAAACACCAAAAUCUCCCGAGCUGGACCCUGAUCUGGAUUCUGCAGUACAGUUAUCUUGUCACAAAGCUGUUCUGUGCGCCAGGUCACCUUUUUUUCGGAACCUAGUUUCCCGUCGCCUUCAAGCGGCGGCCGCCGAAAAACAGGAUCGGGGCUCCAUACUCCCACAACCUUUAAGAAUUGUUCUGGACGAGUCCGUGAUUCCGCAGAAGUACGCGAGAGUCCUCGUUCGAGCUCUAUACGUCGAUUCGAUCGAUUUCGAUCUUGUAGACGAUAGAUCAGUUGAAAUUGGAGACAGGGUCCGGGACGGGAUGGAGUUGUAUCAGAUUGGUAGAUUUCUUGACCUCGAUAUCCUCGCACAAAACUCCGAGGACGCCAUAGUCCACCGGCUCAACCAGAAUAAUAUAGUUGAAGUAUUGGACUGGAGCGGUCAACCCUAUGGUUCUGCCUGGGUUCACCGGCAGGCUAUGCAAUAUCUUCUAGAGGAUUUUGUCCAUGUGACGAGUUCUCCUGCAUUAGAAAAGUUAAACAAGGAUACUCUUAGAUCCAUUAUAUCUAGUGAUUUUAUACAGGCUAGUGAAUCUGAAAUAUUGGCGACCGUGAUCCGGUGGGGGGAGUUAGUGGUUAGUAGGCGGGGAGAAGGCGAAGGGACAAGUUUACCAACUCCUGGAGGGCGGAGAAGUGCCCGGCGGAGAGAUGGCAUUUGUGAUAGAGAAGUGGCAGAGGUUGUGUGUGACCUGGUGGGGUGUAUCCGCCUGGAAAAUAUGCUGGGGGGCGGGGACCUUGUCAGACAAGCUGCAGAGAGGGGUCUUCUCUCCAGACCUUGGUAUAUGGGGGGAGGUGGAGGUCUACCUGAACCCUGGGAUCCUCGCUGUUAUCGUCCUCCACAUCAACGACCUCGGCUCUUCCUGCCCUACUAUGAGGAGUGUAAGGCCUUGUACAGUGAGAGAGCGGGGAGCUUGAGCAAUGAAUCUAGUUCCUUCAAUUUCCACAGAAUAUCAGAUAUACCAGAUACACUCUAUAUGGUUCGAGAUGACCGGGCGGUUGGGCGGGCAGAUCCUGACCUAUCAGAUCAGGACAAUGUGUCUCAGAUGGUGAGGCGGGUCAGAAAACUGUACAGAUCUCUGUCUGUUCAAAGAGCUCUUCUCUCCCCAUUCGCAAACCGUCAACAGAUAUUCAUUCAACUUCAACUCAGGGUGGUCAGAGAAUCCAACCUCCCGGAUUCAUUCAGUGCAGUUCUUCAGCGGGCCAUGGAUGGUGGAGCUGGUGCGCCCGACACCCCUGAGGAUGAGUUACCAGUGUACCGAGGGGACUGGGAGGGACGGCGGAGACACGCCUCUUUACACUACCUGCCCUCUACCGAGUCUCUGCCUCAAUAUCUGCCUGCUCUAGACCAACCUCUCUCUGAUACAAUGCCGGAUAUAGCGAUGGCAUCAUCCGCCUUUGGUAGUCUUACUCUUACUAGAUCUAUGCCCUCUCCUCGGAAUUCUGAAUCUCGUAUCUCUCCCCGACCCUCCUCUCUCGCUCCAGGUACAAAAUAA